ACUAAAUCAAUCUAAUGGCGCAUACGAAAACAUCGGUAUGGUAACAUCCCGUAUGGAAACAAAACCAUCCGAAGAAGAAAUGGAAUCGUCUCGUUCCGAUAUUGAUGAUCCACGUCCAUGUAAAGUUGGAAAUAAAUUAGCACCGCGUCUAAGCGAAAGGAAAGUACAUAGUUCGGACAAGCGUAGACUGACAUUAGUACCGGAAAACAAAUAUAAACAAUCUCAGCAAAAUAACUCACAAUUUACAGCUGGGAUCCAAAGUUUAAACAAACAUAACACAGUUAUAUCAGACAUCUCUAGCUCACCUUCAGCGGCAAAUUCGAGUGAUUCAUCUUCUACACAACGUAGAGACUCCUUUUCUAUCGAACAUGAUCCAAUAUACGACAACAUCUACAAGAAAACGACUAAUUUCAAGAGUAAAAACAUUAGCAUUCAGAACUUACGAGAGACUAUCACUCAAGAUAAAAACAAUAAAACAGAUGUUUUCACCGAAUUUAGUGCAUUGGGCGUCGUUAGUGAGAAAAUAAAAGAGAGCAAAAACUCAGCUAUUAAAACAGCCAAUACAUCGAAAAACAGAUACAGAAAUAUGUAUCCAUACGACAAAAAUCGGGUUAUUCUUUCUGUAAUCGGAAAAGACAUAGACACGGAUUUCAUCAAUGCAAGCUUCAUAGAUGGAUAUUCCUCUACAAAGAAUUAUAUCGCUGCACAAGGACCAUUAGCCAACACGAUCGCGGAUUUCUGGAGAAUGAUUUGGGAAAGUAAUGUCCGAGUUGUGGUCAUGGUAACAAAUCUAGUAGAGUAUUCGAAGAGAAAAUGCAUCCAGUACUGGCCUAAAGACGCCGCCAAUAACUGUCAGUAUGGAGACUCUACAAUACAUCUUCUUUUUGAAGAUAUUUAUGCCGACUUUGUUGUUCGCACGUUGGAAUGCAAUCGGAAGGGUUUUUCAAAAACAAUUACUCAUCUACACUUCACGGCGUGGCCUGACAAAGACGUCCCAGACACAGCCCUUUCGCUUUUGCAAUUUUGGCGGAAGGUUCGCAGCUUGGAGAGGCAUGAGGAAUCUCCAUGGAUUGUGCAUUGCAGUGCGGGUGUGGGCCGAACUGGCACAUUUAUCGCAUUAGACUAUCUUUACGACCAAGGGGUAUCGGAGAAACAUAUAAACGUGUUUGACGCCGUGUUACUACUUCGUGAACAAAGGAUGAACAUGGUUCAGACAAAGAACCAGUAUUUAUACCUCCACGAAGUAUUGUGCGAAGCUCUGUGUCCUGUUGGAGAAGUGCUGAAUAACAAAACAUUUUUAGAACAAAAAUACACGUCCAACUAUCUCAACGAAGAAUACAUGACAAUUUGCCGCUCUCACAUUGCUGAAAGCAAAGAAGAAACUGUAGAUGAUGUUUACCUAAGAGUUUUAGAUGGUGAAAAACCCGAAAACAUUGAUAAAAACAUCAGCCCAUGUGUUAUUCCAGAUGACAAAUAUCGCCCAGUACUGAACAUGUCUGUCAACAUAACGGGGCAUACAGAUUACAUAAAUGCCGUGUAUCUAUCGACAUUUCAAAAAGGAGACAGGUUGAUACUGACGCAGUCAGCAAAUAUAAGCUCAGAUGUUGAUUUCGUGCGUCUGCUGCACGACCACUAUGUUCGGACGGUUGUAACCGUAGGCGAUAAGAUGGAACCGUACUUACCAGAGAAUGGAGAAACUAUUGUGAUAGGUCCUUUCACCGCCUCAUCCAUAUCAUUUGAACAGAAGCAGCACUUCGAACAAUAUGUUGUGAGAUUCAAACAUAUCGGAGAGCGAGACGACUUCGAUGUUCUCGUGUUUAGAUUCACAAACUGGUCACAGCAGUUGGAUUUGUGCCCGGCGAAUGAAUUGCUAAGUCUGCUAAACGAAGUUCAAGAACGCGCUGCAGCAGAUGGACCAAUGGUGAUGCAGUGCCAUGACGGGUACAGUCGCAGUGGUCUAGUGGCAGUGCUUUGGUGCCUAAUGGAGCGCAGUAAACAUGACGGGGAAGUGGCUGUGGCAGAAACAGUACGACUGAUCAGGCGAAGGAGGCAGCAAGUCAUAAGUAACGAGGAACAAUACCGUUUCUGCCAUGAAUUCAUGAAGGAGUUUGUCGAGGGGUGUGCCAUUUAUGCAAAUGCAUGAUGGGUAAACGACACAAAAGAAACAAUAACCUUCCCGACUAUGAGGAAACCGAGCAGAAAUUGAAACUAAAUGAGGAACAAUUUGUGCUAUUGACAUUAGAAGCCCUCAAUUGAAACAGAAUUUAUCUGUUUUUGCUAAGUAUAUGUAUUCUAUACAUGCGCAUUUCUUAUCGGACCUUAUAUAAACUGAUAUUUAAAUAAAGAAUAAAUAUUUACUACUCUUUACAUGUUAAUAGCUAGAAACUUUUAAUAAUAAUCUGACGCACAUUAAAGACCUUUAAUGCCACCUUUAACACUCAUCUUUAUUUUAUUUACUUUAUAAAAGUCCCUAUCCUACUAUUCAAACCAAAGUGGAGCUAGAUAUUAACAUUCCGAAACACUCUUUAUUAUUAAAUGAGUUAGAACUCACUACCUUUUUAAUAUAUUUAAAAAAAAUAUGCUCAGUCACUUCGUCCUUUUAGUUUGCACCAUCGUUAACAGUUUUCUAGUAUCUGGUAAAUCGACAAACAUGUUUAAAUUUGUCAUUUUGUCUGUCAACAAUCACCUUAAAACAAAAGCAUUAUGUAACGAAUGUUGAUGUUUGAUUUUGCACGUGAAAGCUUUCAAUUGGCAUUAGUGUAUUUAAAUGCUACAUCAAAAACUUUGUCCGCAUAUUGACCGCACACUGAUGUUUGAAUGGUAUCAAUGAAAAUGAUAUGCGCAUCAAUAUUUUACCGAGUUGAAACUCAAGAAUACUUAUAAAGCAAAGUGAGUGGUUCACCCAAUGUUGAGUUUUUUUUUAUCAUAUAGGGAUUUGUAGCUUGAAUAAAACACAAGCAUGGGUUGAUAAACUUCUUUUUUUCUGAUUAUGUCUCUUUGGUUCAUUAUUGCUUAAUAUUUUAAACAGCUUUUCUAUAUAUAAAUAUGUAAAUACAUUUGUGAAUAUUCAAUUAAUCGUGAACGUUUUCUUAUUAGGAUAAUAACUUGCCAAUAGUCUUUUAUUUGCAUGUGAAAUACUGAUAUUUAAUUUAUUGUAUUUGCCUAAGAAUGUUUAUUUUUAUGAUAUGUGCUUUAAUACUAUUUAAUUAAUAUGUUAAGUUUACAGGCAUCUCAUACAAGUAUAUCACACACAGGAAAAAAGAUAUUAUGAAGAUAUAUGCAUUGUCGUAUUUGACAGAAACAUAAAUGUAGAAACCAACCCUUUAUAUUGUUCAGACAUUGCAUGGUUUGCUUAAUACAUAGUUGGUCAUAAUAAUUUCCAAAUAAUAUGCAUUUGCAUUUGCGAAUAAAACAACUAUUGACCAUUAUUUAUGCACAUGUACUUUGCUUAUGACAUAUGUGUUGAAUUGGAGUAAUAAAAUAGUCAUCAUAUAACAUAAA